AUGUCUUACGGCUACCCAGGACAAGGCGGCUACGGCGCAGCACAGCAUUCAUACGGUCCUCCUCAGCCGUCAUAUUCACCACAGCCGUACCAACAGCAGCAAUAUCCCCAGCAAGGCGGCUACGGCUACGGCACACCUCCUCCACAGCAGAACUAUCAAUACAGCCAUCCUCCGCCACAAAACGCGCCGUACGGCUACAAUAAUCCCCCACCGCCGCAACAGGGAGGCUAUGGCGGGUACGGACAGCCUUCCCCUCAGCCUAAUGGCUACCCAGGCCCUCGACCAGGCAUGGCCAACACUCACCAGCAACGACAAGGCGGCCCUCCUCCACCACCAUCCGCCCCACAAUCUUUCGGCCACGGCGCACCCAACAAUUACAGCUUCCAGUACUCAAAUUGCACGGGAAAGCGGAAAGCUCUGCUAAUUGGCAUAAAUUACUUCAACCAGCGAGGCCAGCUGCGCGGCUGCAUAAACGAUGUCAAGAACAUGUCGACGUACCUCAACCAGAACUUCGGCUACGCGCGAGAAGACAUGGUCUGCCUGACCGACGACCAGCAGAAUCCCAUGUCCCAACCAACCAAAGCCAACAUCCUGCGCGCCAUGCACUGGCUCGUCAAAGACGCCCAACCCAACGAUUCUCUCUUCUUCCACUACAGCGGUCACGGCGGCCAAACGCCCGAUCUCGACGGAGACGAAGACGACGGCUACGACGAAGUCAUCUAUCCCGUGGACUUCCGCCAAGCCGGCCACAUCGUCGACGACGAAAUGCACCGCAUCAUGGUCCAGACUCUCCGUCCGGGUGUCCGCCUCACCGCCAUCUUCGACUCCUGCCACUCCGGCUCCGCCCUCGACCUUCCGUACAUCUACUCCACUUCCGGCGUGCUCAAGGAGCCCAAUCUUGCGAAGGAGGCUGGCCAGGGCUUGCUCUCUAUCGUCUCGUCUUACGCCCGUGGCGAUUUGGGCGGAAUGGCCUCGACCGCCAUGGGACUCUUCAAGAAAGCGACUACCGGUCGGGAUUCGUACGAGCGCAACAAGGUCACUAAGACGAGUCCUGCAGAUGUCAUUAUGUGGAGUGGCAGUAAGGACGAGCAGACGAGUCAGGAUGCGAACAUCGCGGGCCAGGCGACGGGCGCGAUGAGUUGGGCGUUCGUGACGGCGCUGAAGAAGAAUCCGCAUCAGAGCUAUGUGCAGUUGUUGAACAGUAUACGGGAUGAGUUGGCGAGCAAGUAUACGCAGAAGCCGCAGCUGAGCUGCUCGCAUCCUCUGAAUACGGAUCUUCUGUAUGUGAUGUGA